AUGGUGGUGGAGGGCCACUCGGGGCAACCCCACGUUGCGAUUGAUAAUGCUGUUCGGGUGACUCAAGAUGAUGCCGUAAAUUACCUGAAGGCCGUGAAGGAAGCGUUUCAUGAUAAGCCGGAAAAGUAUGCUGACUUUUUAGAAGUAAUGAAAGAUUUCAGGGCUCGAAGAACUGAUACGGAUGGUGUCAUAGCAAGAGUGAAGGAGAUAUUUAAAGGGCAUAGAAAUCUAAUUGUAGGGUUUAACAACUUCUUGCCUAAGGAACAUGAAAUUGCACUUCCAUGGGAGGAUGAACAACCUCAGCAGAAUAAGCCUGUUGAUUUUGUAGGCAAGGUCAAGGCUGCCAAUCUUAUUAUUGUUGGCAUUGUUAUUGGUAUUGUUGAACAAUCAAUUGUUGCAACUUGCUUAAAGCUCUUAUUCUUUUUGCAAAUUAUGUAA